GUCAAUCUCACCUAUUUUUUCUUUUCUCAGAAACCUCUCUCUCUCUCUCUCUUCAACUUGCCAAGAAAUAUCAUCUUUUUAUUUUCUUUUUCUGUUUCCUUUAUAAUUAACCCUGUUUGAACUCAAAAGGCAAAGCUUAUCCCUCUCUCGUUACUUACAGUGGAUAUGGAUAAUCUAUUGGGAAAGAGUAGCAGAAAGGCCAAACCCAAGAAAAAGCAGCCUAUGAAAGUCGUCUACAUAUCUAAUCCCAUGAAGUUCAAGAUUAGCGCAUCUGAAUUUAGGGCCCUGGUGCAGGAACUCACUGGCCAGUACUCUGAAUUGCCUGCCGACCCAAGUAAGCGCAUCGUGGAUAGCUCUGAUGAUCAUGUCGGUGGUGGCAAUCACACGGUUCUGGAUCAUGCAUCAUCAAAAACUGAUGAUGAUUAUGAUGUUGAUAAUCAUGCACUAGAUCAGGUCCCCACAGUACUGGAUCUUAGUGGCAAGCAGCAGCAACUGCCUGCAGAAAGACAAGAUGAUGAUGAUUAUGAUGCUUCAUUGUUUGAAUCAUCACCUUUUGAUGAUUAUUUCAUGCCUCAAAUGCUUGAGAAUUUCUAUCAACAGGGUUAGUGUCUUCAGGUUCUUUUACUGUAUAAAUAAAUUUACCAUGUGGAUGUGCUAAGAAUCAUGAAGCUGCUGCUACUGCUGCCCUUGAUAAUUCAGAUGUAAUUAAAUUUUAGUAAGCUCUCUGUCUCUGUCUUUCUUUUGGCCUAACUUUCCUUUUCCAAGGCGGUUGAGGUUUAAUUCCGGCGUCACUCCUGAAAUGGUCUCACUUUAUUAUAGCGAUCAUUUCUAAGAUGGUCUCGCCUCAUUAGGCCGCCUAGUUAGUUUUUAAAUAUAUAUAUAUAUAUAUAUAUAUAUAUAUUUAUUAUCUUA